AUGGCUCAGGAAUAUAAGCUGAAAGGCAUCAGUAGCCUUGACCUCAAGCCUGGUGAGAAACGCGAGGUCGAGGUCGAGGGUAUCGAAGAGGGGAAGGUAUUGUUGUGUAAUGUGGGGGGAAAGGUCACAGCUCUGGGAAGCAGGUGUACCCAUUACGGAGCUCCUCUGGUGAAGGGUGUUCUGACCGGUGAAGGCCGCUUGACCUGUCCAUGGCAUGGAGCUUGCUUCAAUGCAUCAAACGGAGAUAUCGAGAACGCCCCAGCUCUUGAUGCUCUCCCAUCUUUCAAGCUUUCCGAAAAGAACGGCGCGAUUUACGUGACGGGCGAGCAACAGAGCAUUAAAGGUAGCCGAAGGAAGCCCAACAUCAAGAUCUCGGGAGGUGUAGGAGCAGAGAAGGUGGUCAUUGUUGGUGGUGGAAGCGGUACGUUGGGUACCUUGGAAACACUCCGGGAGAAUGGGUUCAAGGGCUCAAUCACCGUGAUUGGCAGUGAAGGAUAUCUGCCAAUUGAUCGGACCAAGCUAUCAAAGGCCCUCAUUGAUGAUCCAGCCAAAAUUGCUAUCAGAGAUCAAGCCUGGUUCAAAGAUGGCUCGAUUGAUAUUAUCGAAGACGUGGUCACAGGUGUCGAUUUCUCAGGAAAGAAGGUUUCCACCAAGGGUGGCAGCUCAUACCCUUACACAAAGUUGGUUUUGGCAACGGGUGGGAGUCCUAAAAACCUCCCGCUACCGGGCUUCAAGGAGCUAGGUAAUAUCUUCCCUCUCCGGACUGUUCCUCAUGUCAAGGCUAUCAACGCUGCGAUCGGCCAAAAGAAUAAGAAGAUCGUGAUCAUUGGAAGCUCUUUUAUCGGCAUGGAGGUUGCGAACGCGGUAGCAAAAGACAACGAUGUCACCGUCGUCGGUAUGGAGAGCAGACCAUUAGAACGGAUUAUGGGCGCGCAAGUUGGCGCGAUCUUUCAAAAGAACCUUGAGAAGAACGGCGUCAAGUUCAAGAUGAGUGCAGGUGUCGAAAAGGCUAGCCCCUCCAAAUCCGACCCAUCCAAGGUUGGCUCCAUCGAACUGAAGGAUGGCACAAGCCUUCCAGCCGAUUUAGUUGUUCUAGGUGUCGGCGUCAGUCCAGCCACCACUUUCCUGGAGGGCAACAAGGCCGUUGAGCUUCAGAAGGACGGAUCAUUGAAGACCGAUGAGUACUUCGCAGUCUCGGGACUGAAGGAUGUCUAUGCGAUCGGUGAUAUUGCAACAUACCCAUACCAUGGCCCAGGAGGCGAUGGCGCCCUUACACGCAUCGAACAUUGGAACGUUGCACAGAACGCAGGCCGAGCUGUAGCUGCACAAAUUGCCAACGCUUCCACCAAGCCUAAAGCCUUCAUGCCAAUCUUCUGGUCUGCAUUGGGUGCACAACUCCGUUACUGCGGAAAUACGCCAAACGGAUGGGAUGAUCUCGUCUUGAAGGGUCAGCCCGAGGAGGGUAAAUUUGUGGCGUAUUACACGAAGGGCGAGACAGUAGUUGCAGUUGCCACCAUGCAGAUGGAUCCCGUCAUGGUGCAGGCUUCGGAGCUGAUGAGGAGAGGGAAGAUGCCCACGAAGAGCGAGUUACAGAAGGAUGUUGAUAUCCUGCAGAUCAGUGUUCCAGCUGAGAUCACCAUCUAA